UCAUUCGCUCCUCCUAAAUUUCCAAACGCGAAAGAGUGAGGUAUAGGUACAAGCGUCGAGCUAGCUUGAUAUAGAUUUUUAAAAACUUAAAUACUAAGCUUGCAUCAUUAACACGUUAAGGUGAACAGAGUGCAGCGUGUAAAAUAAGCCGUGCAGUUUUAUUCGCUAAAAUACUUAUUAUCCAUCAAUACCGAAUAACAAGUUUGGAAAAUGCCGGCGAGCAACAUCGGUUCGUACCUGCAGGACGCCAGAAAUAAUUUCGACGCCGUACGACCCGCCCCAAUUUGUACUGAUGCCAAUCAAUCAAUAGGCCAAUGUCAGAAUGUACAUAUAUCCACCAAUUGCUAUUAUGGUUACCACGAUCUAAAAAGGUCCGAAGACAACCACGUUGACACAGAUUGUGAAAUGAUGGAACUCCCAGAGAGGGGGCCCUCCAAAACAACGACUUCAAGGAAGCGGAGUGCCGAUGAAGACGAAUUUCCUCAACGCAAACGAAUUCGAGAAGAUGAUUCUUCCAUGUGCAGCCUUGUUGGCACACGGUCAAGUCCAAGCCACUCAGCUUCCGCCUUUAAUGUAAACAUACCAACAAUUUACUGUUUGUCUUUAACAUACAAAUUGGUAUUUAAUGUUCAGGUUGUAUACAUAGAUUAAAAUCAUAGGUUUAUUACCAAAACCUCUGUCUGUGAUAUAAUGUCUUUGUACCUGAUAAUGUUAAUGUAAUAAAUACUUUUAAGUCUAUGCAAUCUUUUAUUUUGGUGGUCAUACUUUAGAAGUGAAAAUGCAUUUGUAAAUAUUUCAGUUUAUUUUUAAGUGUCAAGAUAUUACAAAUAUAAAAAUAAAUUAUAAUUACACAUGACAAUUAGGAAUUCACAUAGUAAAGUGCUGAGUAUAAUACAGAGUUGAAGAUGAACAACUUAGGCCACAAAAACAUCAAUUAGUUCAACCCUUACAAAACAUACAUCCACUACAAAUUAUAAUUUUAUGUAAAAAGCCACUUUAUAUAACAGUACAAUUUAUGUAUGUAGAAGAAUAAGUGUAUAACAAUAUAGUCAAUGUGGCCUAAGCUUUGUCAAGUGGUUAAAUAUGUGCAUAGCAAACCCACUUAUAAAAAAAUGGGAAUAACCAUUACCAUGUUACAGUUGCAAAUUCAACCAAAAAAAGCUACAGAAGCAGGGGGACACUUGUAGAAGGAUAAAUAGUUAAAUAAUUAAAUUAGGGCAUUAGGGCAUCCCCAACCAGCCCUUUCAAGUAAUUAAGUAUAUAAUGUUAACUGAUGUUAUAAAAGUUGUCAAUCAUUGCGGUUAGCACAAUUGAUUAAUGGCAGGCAUCUACAAUACAGUACAUGUUGCAUUACCUCUGUAGGAGUGACUUCUUCUGUGUCGACCACGUCAGGUAGGGCCUCUGCAUUAGCUCCAGCUUCAUCAUGUCCAUUUACUGCGCCGUCUUCUAAUUCAUCACAUCGAGUUUGGUCGGCUUCGGCCAAAUCUCCGUUAUGCAUCUCUGAACAAUUUAUGAGAUCAACUUUUCCUUCUUGACUAGAACGUGGGCUAUUAUCGUUCAUGUCUGAAUUCUCAAUAUCCAUGUGAACGUGUCCAGGCCACAGAUCGUAAGGACACGGAUUUAGCUGAUGCAAUUGGCUGUCGCUUGAACUGAAUAAAUUUAAGGAACCAGCGACAUCUUGCAGUAUUCCAGAUUCUGAUAGUUCAUUUGUAAGUUGCGUUGGCUCAUUUUCAUUACUAGAAGGUAUGAAUACUGGCAAAUUUUCAAUUAUGUCACCAGAAACAUCACAAACUCGCAUUCCCUCAUAUUUUGAAAGUAACUCGAGCAGCCGCCUCUUGGCCUGUUGGGUAUACCUGCCAUCAGCAUUGUUGCUCAAUAUAAGAGAUACUAAUGUCUCUAAAAACUCUGAUGUACAUGUCUCAUCGCUUUUUAACAAUAAAAAGCGAACUAUUUUAUUAUCGAGUUGUAAAGAAUUUCCUGCGCCAUUUUGCAUUGGUAAUGCAUUACAGUCAUUGUACGCUGUAGCUUCACCCGAUGUUGUUGAAACGGUUUCUUGUCUAUUCUCGUCGUGAGCACCCUCAUUGCUUUGACUUUCGAUAAUGGAACUAUACUGAGACAAUACAUUACGUAUAGACUGUAAUACUUUCUGUCGCAAGGUAUCGGAACUUAUCAGCUGUAGCUCUCUAAACAAUUGUAUUAAAAAAUCUGGGUGAGAUUCAUUCACAUCAAUCAAAGCUGUCACUUCAGAAUAAACAUUUUCUCUGAGUAGAUCAAAUAACUUCGAGGUUGCCUUAUCUUGCACCUCGCGACUUGUUGACGCUAAAUUAGGAUUAGGCGUCUCAGAAGUGCUUGCAAUGUUAAUAUUACUCAUUUGUGAAUAAUCCAAGGUAUAAUUUCUUCGAUUAGUUGAAUUCUUAGCAGGUAAUUUAGACGAUGAUUUCUUUUUGCUGUUAGCAGAAGUAUUUAAGUUAUUCGCAUGGGCCUGUAUUAUUUCUGGAAUUGGAUUUGUUAUAUUCAAAUUUCUGAAAGAGUUUGAUGGGGCGUCUUGUCGAUUAAUAUUAAUAUUACACGAGCUAGAGACAUUGCUUUCUUCAAUGUUUCUCGAAAGGCAAGCUGUGGGCGUUUCAGCAUCGGGAUUCUGAUUUACGUUCAAUACAUCUGGAGCAGAUGAGAAAGAAAGGGAUCUUUCGUAGGCAACGUUCCGUCGCGUUUGUCUGUUUGGUACGUCAUCAUUAUUUGCCUGAGAUGAUUGUGCGGCAUUGUGAGACGAACUGGCAGCGUUAGUAUUUCUCUUGGGAGUAAUACAAGGAGGCGUGGCCGAGGGGGUACGGUGAAGCGUGUUAUGAGAUCUUUCAACCAAAGGGUGUGGGUUAUGAGCGGGACCAACUCCUAAGUGGCCAUCAGCAUUUGCUUUGUUAUUGGCCGACAGGAGAUUUUGACGCGAAUAACUGAAAAAAAUUACAACUUGUCAUUUAUUGUUUCUUAUUGACAUGAUCACACAAUAUUAAACAAAAAAUCUGAAUAAAAUAUAAGCAAGUACUAUAAUAAUGUUAGCAUAAACACGUCAUGAGUAUUAUAAUAUCACACAGACACGUAUGAUUAGUCUCAUCACAAAGCAUAAGUGAAUGAAAAUCGAUUCCAUAAGGAAUAUUUUGGGGCAAACACUAUUCUCACCCUUGAACUGAAGUGUGUAAAAAAAUAUAUAAAUACGAAGUAUACUAUAGUUAAAUAUAAAAGAAAAUUAAUGAAAACAUAAUGCUUGUAUCCUAAUAUCUGAAAAGAGAAAAGCAUAAUAAAUAAAUAUUUCUAAUAAUAAUUUAUCUGUUUCUGCAUUUAUUUCUACAUGCAUAGAUCGUGUAAAUAUGUACCUGCGGAAGUUAUCCCAAUAGUUAUUAGCUCUGUUUCCUGGAGGAACUUGAUUAUUUAGCGUGUGCGACGCUGUUUCCGCACGCCAGCGUUCUUCCAU